AUGUCAGCGACGCAGGCAGACUACAAAUUAGACAGCCUGCCUUACUACGAUAGGGAGAUCGAUAGCGAUCAGCACCUGCGCGAUGCCGCCGCACGUCUUGUAGCUGAGGAAAUGAGGAGUGGCGAUACAAAUCCAGCAAGCGAUAUUUCUCCACACGAAUCUACGUCGCUCUCCUCUAGCCACCUCCUCACGCAGGAAUUGGAGCGGGUGGGUCACGGCAGCCCUCUCACAGCCUUCGACGGCUCCCGUUAUGCCCUGGCCGAGCCCGAGGAUGUUGAGGGCAGCGACGGCAGCACCGCGGAAUCGCCAUGGAAGCAGUCGCUCAACGCAGCCGCAAUUACCGCCGAAUACCAGCAACAGCGAACAAGCAAUCUUGAAUUACUCACUGCACUCGGCGCAAACGCGUGGAAAGUCUCUAAUCAUUCCCUCGACAAUGACGCGCGGAUGUUGGAGACUCACUCGCAACACACCCGCGACAGGGUUGUCGAUAUCAACAGAUUGCGCAAGACUGAACAGGGCAAGUUGGGCGAUAGACUCAAUGCACUCGAGAAGAACUGGUCUGCGCUCGUCAGCAGUAAUCUCGAAUUGCAGGUCGGCUCACUGGCCUUGCAGGUUCAUCUGGCUGAGUUGGCCGAGAGAGAGAUGCAGUUACGCGCGAGUAUGAGUGGGAGUGGUUUACACGCCAGCUGA